CUUUAGUACUGAUAGAGUGGAGAGGUCUGUUCCUGCAGUAUAAUCAGACCUGAUGUUGUGUGCUAUAUUAAUGCCGGGCCAGAAUAAAUGUCUCCAGUUUCAUAUACGGUGUUGUGGUUACACAUUGCCUCACACAGCGGAUCUCGGUUCAAAUCGAAAACCUGCCGAUGCGUAAACACCAUCAGAACAAUCUUUUUGUUCCGAAGAUUCGCAUGAUCGAUAUACUAUCGCGGGGGUAUCUACAAGACAACGAGCUUUGUUUCUUCCUCAGAUCGUACUUGUGAUGCACGUUGUUGGUGAGACUUCAACCAAUUCACAAUACGUAAGCAAUUAGCAACGACAUCUCCAAGUGAAUUUAAUUUCCAGCUAUCUUCAGGGUGUUUGUUAAGUCACACGGCAGUACGGCGUUCUAAAAAAGCGAGCCUCCGUAAUUCCUUUCAGGGAUAUUACGUAACUUCUCUAUGAUGAGACUGGUAACCUUUUUGAAGCACUCUGUGGCUGAGUCAAAAUAGCUGAUCACGUUUAUCUUUAGGGCAUAUUCUAGUUACGAUUGUACUUCAUUGCGGGACCGAGCCCUGGACUUUAUCAAAGUGAAACAAUGAAUGGACCCCCAUCUAACAAGAUUGCUAGACAGUUUCCCCAUGCGAACUAGAUCGAUGCUCACGAUAGAUCCCCGUAUCGAUUUCUCUCCGUAUGUUACAGCCUUGUAGCUUUUCAACCUCAAUUCAGAUUAGGCCUCUUCUAGCUUUCCCUCAAUACGAAAUAACGAAGCUCGCAUUACCGAUCAAGACCUAAAAUAGGACCGUGGAAGUCCGUUUCGGCUUCCCUAAAAGAUGGACUCGCCUUUAAGUCCAUCGAUCUCUUCAUUUGGACAAUCUGUUGAAACGUCAAGCGAGCGUCAGUUAGCACCUACGGCUAAACAAGAUGAGCUCAGUUCAAAACCUAGCUCUCCGCAUAGUUCACCACACAUUGAAAUUCCGUCAAACGGUACAAGCGAAAAUAAGCCGGGAUAUGUAGAACCGGCUCAUGAUGAGGAGUCCGAUCCUCCAGCUCUGCAUCAUGAGGUUUAUCACAGUCACUGCGAUCCAGAAUACCUAGAUUCGUUGGUGGAUAGUUAUGGCAACCCGACACAAGAGCCCACAAAAUCGUCAGAUACCAAUGUAAACAUAAGGCUUGACGAAGGAGCUAAGGAACACCACAGAGUAGCUGUUGAGGAGGACUCAUUAAGUCAAGAUAGCUCUGUGCUAGCAAUGCUACAAAAAACAAGCAUGAUGGCACUGAUACUGCUGGGCCCAACAACUGUCUGAGCGUGAUUGCGAUCUAUACUUGUUUAUCUGUAGAUGCCCAGAAAUGCACAGAGGCCGAAUGGCUCUAAGUUACCAUGAUAACGAAGUUAAGAUGCCCUUGUUGCAUGGAGUGGCCGGUGCAAAGCGUGUACAUUUCGAUGUUGAAGACUAUAUCGUCGAGUGUAGAGGUCAAGGCCAUAUAGGUACGUAUAUACUGUAAUGUGAUAAGAAUAAAGGCAAAAGGCCGCUCCUAUUAGGAUUUGCCUAAAAAUCAAUCUUAGUCUAUUUCCGACUGCCUAGAUUUACCCGGAUCGGAUGUUCCUAUGCGUGGCUAAAUUGUGCGAAAUAAACGGAUGACGAAAUGAUGGCAAACGAUGGAAAGCAUACAGUAUUACGCGGGAGAAAAGCUGGGGGGAAUAAGCGGUGUCUCGGCGCCAACGUUACUAAAUGUAACACUGUGAUAUUGUCGAACGUCACGAUGUGCUUGGUAAUAGUAGUUGAGUCGAGACGUAACCUAAAGUUACAAUAGCAUAACGA